AUGUAUCGGGCCGCGGUCAGUCUCAAGCGUAAAUCUGGAGGAACACAAACGUAUGCGAAGCCUAGACCUGUUUUUCCACCAUGUCUCACUGGUAGAGAGAAUCCUUUUGUGGAAAAUAUUGUCGAAGACGAAGCGGCACCCUCAGAUAUCCAGAUGGAAUUAGAAGUUCCACAAGGUAACGUGUACGAAAGACGCGAGUUUCACGUUGAAACUCCCCUACGAGGAGUUCAGCCUCUUCCAUUGCCUAGAUCACUUCAUGAAUGCGCUGAGAACGGAAUCUUGCACAUUGACAGGGCAGCCCGUUUAAUUUUAUCCAAGAUGCAUCGCAAGGAGUUUAACGAAGCGGUCUAUUACGUGUUUAUCAGAUCCGAUAUCGUAUUACGCGCUAAAGUCACUUACGGCAGUUUGAAUUGCAUGGUAGGAUCGGACAUCCACUCGCUAUGGCAUAUUGCUAAUCGCAUGACAGUACGGCUGCACAUUCUGGGAUGUCAUAUAUGCUUUGACUUGCUCAACCUGAUUUAG